AUGGACUCCUUUGAAUUGCAACAAUCCCCACACGCCUCUGGGACAGCACUAGUCGCCAGGAACACAGAAGAGGACACAGCAUCGCCUAGAAGCCUUUCAAGCAGGCGAUCUUCAGAUGACGGGGGAAGUGAUACUCAACAUAGACGGAAUAGCAGCACCAGUAUCCGUCGCCAAUCACCAUCCCCAUCACCAUCAAGCCAUGGCCAAGAGGCCGGCAGUAGUCGCGAAGACAAGUCAUUUUUGAAAGCAACAGGACACUUCCUGACAGGAAAGGACACAUGGGUAUGGGAAAUAUCCUCCCUUAUUUUCAGCGCUACCUGCGUGGUCGCGAUGGUGGCUGUUCUGCUCGACACCCAAGGGACAGUUCUCUCCGCGUGGCAUCUAUCAAUAGCACCGAACACGGUCAUUUCCGUCCUGGCAACAGUCUCGAAGGCAAGCUUGCUUCUUCCCGUGGCCGAGUCCAUUAGCCAGCUAAAGUGGUUGCAUUUCGACAAAGCGCACAGACUGAGCGACCUGGACUUGUAUAACAGUGCCAGCCGUGGACCACUGGGUGCUUUGCUCUUCCUCUUCAGGCUACCUGCGAGCUUGGGAGCGCUGGGAGCUGUUAUAACCAUUGUUGCUCUAGCAUUUGACCCCUUUGCACAGCAGCUGGUAUCGUUUCCCAGCCGCCAGGCGAGCACUAACCAGGCUGCGUCUUUCAGGACCAGCCAAGUUUAUGAAUCUGGAGCGUCUUUCAGUGCUCCCACAACCCAGGUUGAAAACUACCAGGACUUUAGUAUGCAGGGGGCUAUCUUCAGUGGGCUUUUCGGGUCCCAGUCGCCGCGCGCGUUUACCUGUCCAACGUCCAACUGCACCUGGUCCAAUACCCUGAGCUCGGUUUCAUUGGGAGCUGUUGGCAAAUGCGAAAAUGUAACCAGGUCAGUUGUCUACGACUGCAAGCAUGACGACAACACAUUAGCAACAGAUUGUAAUGUCACCACGCCCGGAGGGUUCCAUCUCACGACGAAAAAGCGACAUCAAAACGCAAGCUUCCGCUAUACGGCGCUGAACGCCACUACAGAGACCACUGCCAAUAGCUCAGUGGCAGACUUUACCAGCUUUGCCGUCUGGCGCCCAUUGGAGAUUCAGACACUUGAGAAUUUCGAAGUACUCGAGUGUCGUCUAAGCGUUGCCGCGUAUCUCUACAGCAAUAUUACAGUCACAAACAACGCCCUGAAUAUCGAAAGCGAGACAGUUUUGCCCCUGGAAGCUGUCGGUCCUGAGAAUCCGGGGCUGAACGACUUCAGGCCAGCAACUGGCAAUUUUCCAGCGGAGGUGGUGUUCUCGUUUCAUUCCGCAGACUUACUCAAGACUCGGGACUUGCUAGAUGAAAUCUUCAACGCCCAAGCCAUGGUCCUGCGGGGCAGUUCCACUGGACUGACGACUGACCUGCUGAUGAAAGGGAACCUAUCGAGUAUUGUUGAGAAUAUUGCCUGGGCAGUCACAGAGCGAAUCCGAACCGGGCCAAACAGUACCAUCGCCAGCGGCACGGCCUACGAGUCUGAGACGUAUAUUCAUGUCAAUUGGCCUUGGAUAACGCUACCGGUACUGGUAGUGCUUGGUGCCGGGGCCUUGCUUGCAUUUACUGUUGCUAUGAAUGCCCGACACCAUGCAACUCUGUGGAAGUCGUCCAACCUGGCUGUGCUGUUGCAUUCUGUGGAUGAGUUGGAGACCCCGGCCUCGUCCAAUGGUACAACACUCACCAGCAUCGAGGCGUUGGCGGACACAAUGCGUGUCUUGCGAGGGGGUAAUAUGGAAUUUAUACCAAGAGCGUAG